AUCUGAUUAAAAGAAAAAAGAAAGAAAGAAGAGAAAUCCUAACAACAGAAUCCAAAAACAGGCAUUAGAGGACAGCAAUUCCAGGGUGACUUGGUACGAUGGUCACUAACUGGAAAUUCUCUGCCUUCCGAAAAAAGGAAGCCAGCACCCAUUCCCACGAUCCUACUACCAAGCUGAGGACCUGCUGACCCAAGUUCCUUCUUUUCUUGCUAUUGGCUGACACCGUUCAUAAGGCAGAGCUGGCCGUUUCACUUUUGCUUUAAAUGAACAAGCUGCAUCCUAUGGGGGGAGAAAGCCGGGAGAGAGGGCAGAGUGGAAAGGCAGGGCGUCGGGAGGAGGCUGGGCGCUGGACGCAGACACACAGGAUGAAGGAGACCAUCUGUUAGAGGCCACUUGUAGCAACAUGAAGAAAGUUUGAGCCCCAAAAGACAUAUGAGGGCCUUCUUAUUCUGGUUCUGGGGCCUGGAUUUGGGAAAAUAAGGGUCGAGCAAUUGUUCAACAGACAAGAUAGAGAAAGCUUAUGUCCUAGCCUCUCUCCAACUCCCUAUCAGAAAUGGAACCAACAGGGGACUUCAGCAAUAAUAGUGGCAGGAACUGUACAAUAGACAGCUUCAAGAAAGAAUUUUAUCCCAUCAUAUACCUGAUCAUAUUCGUCUGGGGAGCCCUGGGAAAUGGCUUUUCCAUAUAUGUCUUCCUACAGACUUACAAGAAGUCCACAUCUGUGAAUGUUUUCAUGCUCAAUCUGGCCAUUUCUGAUUUCCUGUUCAUAAGCACCCUGCCUUUCAGAGCUGACUAUUAUUUCAGAGAGUCCAACUGGAUAUUUGGGGAUAUAGCCUGCAGAAUUAUGUCUUAUUCCUUAUAUGUCAACAUGUACACUAGCAUUUAUUUCCUAACCGUGCUGAGUGUUGUGCGUUUCCUGGCCACUGUCCACCCUUUCCAACUGCUCCAUGUCACCAGCGUCAAGAGCGCCUGGAUCCUCUGUGGGAUCAUAUGGGUUUUCAUCAUGGCUUCCUCAGCAAUGCUUCUGAACAAUGGCUAUGAGAAGAAGAACAACAUUAUAUUGUGCCUGGAGCUGAAUCCCCAAAAGUUAGAUACGCUACGGAUCAUGAACCACAUUGCUUUAGUGGUAGGCUUCCUACUUCCAUUUGUCACACUUACCAUCUGCUACCUCUUGAUCAUCCGGGCCUUGUUGAAGGUGGAGAUUCCAGAGUCGGGUCUACGGGCUUCUCACAGGAAGGCGUUGAUCACCAUCGUCAUUGCCAUGAUCAUCUUCCUCCUCUGUUUUCUGCCUUACCACGCACUGCGGACCUUCCACUUGGUCACAUGGAAUGCAGAUUCAUGUAGGGAUGAGUUACAUAAGGCCAUGGUCAUCACACUGGCCUUGGCUGCAACCAAUAGCUGCUUCAAUCCCUUCCUCUACUACUUUGCUGGGGAGAAUUUCAAAGAUCGAUUAAGGGAUGCGUUCAGUAAAGAUUGUCUACAGAGAUCAAAGGCAAAGUGUGCCCUUCGCUUUUGUGUAUAGCUGAAGAACAGAAUCAAGAGUUCAGGGAGCUGCCAUGCAGGUGUGAUGGACACCAUGAGUCUUGGUGCCCACCUCCAUUCACUCAUGGUCUCUAGAUUACUUUGUAUUUGCAUCAUAACCAACGAGUCUUGGGUUCCCAACAUUUAAUUGACCACAACUUUGCUAAUAAAGCUUAUUUCAGAAAUUU